GCAGUCUCGCUUUACCACUUUAUACAUUCAUUACACGAUGGUUAAUAUAAGCGUUGUUCUUGUUUUAGUGCUGGCUGUUGGUUAUACUGUUGCCAUCGAUUGCUUCGGAUCAACAUGCAACGUAGAUCAAGAGUAUUGUCAGAUUAUGCUUAAGUCACAGACAGGACAAUGUUAUACUCAUCAUGGACAUGGGCACCAUGAAGACCAUCAGUCAUGCAUUGGUGCUCAUCACCCUGGGGACCAUUGUUUCUGCAAAGAUCAAGCUUGUGUUACCCAAAUUACGAUGGAGUGGGCCUCUAGUUCAACUGUCGCGCCAGCUGGCACGACUUCUGAUCCUGCAGGCGGAUCAAAUAUGACAACACUUGCUCCAAUGACCACACAGAUGCCAAUGACAACGUAAAUAUAGAGAAACUUUCAUCACAAGCAUGAUUGGAGGGGCAGUAAAAGACAUGACUAUACUUGUGAAUAAUUAAAUUAUUAUAUAUGAUUGACUUCUGAUAUACAUGUGAACUGAUUUCAUUCUGCUGACCACUAACUGCAUUAAACAGUGUCCAUA